CCGUCGCACAGUCAAGCCAGAGACUCGAUCCGCUCCGCAAAGAGAAAUUCGAAGAGAAGUCGCAGAGACAACGCCCCGCACGCACAGAACCAGCCAAGAAAACUCACACAUUCGACUCAGCCAUGCACGGAUACCGAACCUACAACAUGGAGAGCCACCAUCACGACUCCAAUGCCGUCGACCAGAAGCCCCUCGUGGUCGAUCUGAUGGCCACGCACUACGGCAAACCCCAGACGCCGCCGCCGUCGCCAAAUGAGUGCCUAUCCAGUCCGGACAACUCGCUGAAUGGCAGCCGCAACUCCGAGAUUCCCGCUGAUCCGUCGGUUCGACGCUACCGAACCGCCUUCACACGCGAUCAGCUCGGACGCCUCGAGAAGGAGUUCUACAAGGAGAACUACGUCUCCCGCCCGCGCCGCUGCGAGCUGGCCGCCCAGCUCAAUCUGCCCGAGUCCACCAUCAAGGUGUGGUUCCAGAACCGCCGCAUGAAGGACAAGCGCCAGCGCAUUGCCGUCGCCUGGCCGUACGCCGCCGUCUACUCCGACCCCGCUUUCGCCGCUUCCAUCCUGCAAGCGGCUGCCAAUAGCGUGGGCAUGCCCUAUCCCCCGUACGCCGCUGCCGCCGCCGCGGCCGCCUCCAAUCCGAUGCUGCCCACGAUGACAGCGAUGCCCUCGAUGCAGUCCAUGCAGUCGAUGCAGCAGAUGCAGCAGAUGCAGUCCAUGCAGCAGAUGCAGGUCCCCGUCCCCGGGGGACACGCACCCUCGCCGUACGGACAGUACCGCUACAGCCCCUACCACAUUCCCGCCCGCCCCCACCACGCGCCGCACAUGCACCCACACGGGAUGAUGGGAGCAGCGGCCGCCUCCUCCGCGAUGGGAUAUCCGGGUGCAGCCAUGGCCGCUGCCGCCGCCAUGCCCACCGCCUCCUGCUAUGCCGCCCUCAGUGUGCCCAAGACACAGACGCCGCCGCUGGAUCUGCAGUCCUCCUCCUCGCCGCACUCCUCCACGCUCUCGCUCAGCCCCGUCGGCUCGGACCACGCCAAAGUGUUUGACCGCAGUCCCGUGGCCCCGGCGACGGCCAGCAACACCACCGCCAGCCCGCUGCCAGCUCCGGGUCUGCUGAUGACCAGCGCCAAGCGUCCCGCCUCCGAGAUGUCACCCCCGACCACGGUGCUGGCGGAGCCCAAGCCGAAACUCUUCAAGCCCUACAAGACUGAGGCGUAGGUCCAGCUCCCGUCUCCCCCCUCCCCCUUUGAGGAUUGUACAAAUUAGAAUUAGCACCCAAAAUCCUAUUUAUUGAAUGCCCCGUCUGGAUG